AUGAGUUGCAACAUUAAGGAGACUAUUACUGUGUCUAGCAAAGGCAGGAGCAGCGGUGGCAGCUGUAUCAUUGGUGGUGGUGGUGGAGCACGGAUUUCUUCCUAUGGGAUAGGCAGUGCCAGAGGUUUCUCUGGAAGGAGCUACUGCGGUGGAGUGAAUUAUGGAGGGGGACUGAGCGUUGGUAGCUUGGCUGGUGGGAGCUAUGGAGGUGGCAACUGCUAUGGCAAUGGCCUGGGGUUUGGCCUCGGAGGAGGGGUGGUUGUUGGGGGUCUCGGUGGCGACUGUUUGCUGUCGUCCUGCGAUGAGAAGGUCACCAUGCAAAACCUCAAUGACCGCCUGGCCUCCUACCUGGACAAGGUGAAGUGCUUGGAGAAGGAGAACGCCGAGCUGGAGUGCAGGAUCAGAGAGUGGUACGCGACACAGGGCCUGUCCUGCGAGCCCCGGGACUACAGCUGCUACUACAAAGAGAUCGAGGACCUUCAGAACCAGAUUGUCUGUGCAACCAUUGAUAACAACAAGAUCAUCCUGGACAUCGAUAACAGCAGGAUGGCUGCCGACGACUUCCGUGUGAAGUACGAGACGGAGCUGGCCCUGCGCCAGAGCGUGGAGGCCGAUAUCAACGGGCUGCGCCAGGUCCUGGACCAGCUGACGCUCUGCAGGUCCGACCUGGAGGCACAGCUGGAGUCGCUGCGGGAGGAGCUCUGCUGCCUGAAGAAGAACCACGAGGAGGUAGGUCCUGCCCCUCUCCUCUGAAAACCUUUUGCUCCUGUGGGAUCCAUCCUCCCUUGCCCCAGGGUGCUGCUCUGGGGGGCAAGUGGUUGAUGGAGACCACGGUGUGACCCCGGAGCUGUGAGGGUCCAGCAGAGAGGGGCUUUGCCAGGCUCUGCUCCUCCCUGCAGGGCA